ACUACUUUUUACGUUAGGAAAACUGAGGUGCGAGACUUGGGACUUUUUACAGGAUGUUUUUGAUGGUAUAUAUAUUAGAUACUGUGUCACUAGGCGUAACAAUAUUCCACCAAAGGAUUUAAAAGGAGGCGGUUCUCAAUUCGGCUGAUAUAGAAGUAAUCUUCAAGAACGCAAUGGCAGAAAAGGUUACUGGUGAAACAGUAGAAAUUUCAUCUGAAAAUAUGACGGAUGAAAUUUUGCUGACUAAGAAUAAGAUGCCAGCGGGUCUCAGCGUCUCUGACCAACCUCAACCCGAUUCCACUGAGAAAAACACCAAAGAGUCAGAAGAUGUAUCUCAUGAGGAUGAAGAUAACAAUAACGUUGCCAAAGAAGAUGCCAGUCCUCCCUUCCUUUUAGACUGGUUGCCACCAGAACCUCUCUUAUGCCCAGAAUUUGAUGCACUUAUAACGUGCAUAAGCGAUGACGGAAUGGUUUACUUACACGACGUUCAUCAACAACACACACGGGAGCUUAUUCGUAACGCAAUAAAUGUCCAAUAUCAUUUGAAUUUUAAGGGCCCUGACCCUAAAGCAUUGCUUAGAAAAUGGAGGGUGGGACAACCGUGCGUAGUAUUAGAGGAGGUGUACAAGUCCUACAGAGGAAGAGUAAUUCAAGUCAAUCAACAAGAUUUAACGUGUCUCGUUCAUUACAUCGAUUAUGGUUAUGAUGUGACAGUCCCCUUUGCAAAGUUAAGAAAAAGUGUUCCGCUCCGCCACAUCCCGACACAAGCACUCAAGUGUAUGUUAAAUCGUAUACGUCCUGUAGGCAACCAAUGGGACAGAGAGGCAUUAUACUACCUUCGCAAAUCUAUUGUUGAAAAGGAAUGCUCUGUAAAAGUGGUAGGCGAUGCAGUAGACGGAGUGUUGCCAGUAGAAUUAAAGUAUGACCAGUUGUGGGUAAACGACCACUUGGUAGAUUUCGAAAUGGCUAAAUACGAAGAUGCUAUUACAAAAGCCCCCGUCAUGCAAUAUAGUCCAGAUGAGAAGAACAAGAAAAAGAACCAAGAAAAUACAAUUGAAUGUGAUUCGCCAAAUUCGUCUGAUUUAAGCUCAAAGGAGGACCAAGAGUCUGCAAGUCAUGGCAAGUUCGUUACAUACCCGAAAUAUAGCGGUACAAAAUAUUUAUGCGAUAUCUGUGAAAUUAACGAUGCUAACAAGUUACCACUAGAUAUUUUUUGCGAAGAUGAAAAUAUAGAAAUGCUUUAUGAAUAUAUGUACCGAGAGCUCCAGUCUGAAGGUAUGAACAUGCCACCGUUGAACGGAAUAUUUGAAAACAAACCAUGCAUUGUACUGUGUCCAGAAGACAGUCGGUGGUACCGCGCAUCAAUAUUACAUUUCAGCAAGAGAGAAAGUCUCGUUAAGAUAAAGUAUGCCGACCAUUGUGACAUUGAGUUUAUCCCGUUAGCUCAUAUAAGAGAGAUCAGUGAAAAAUGGCUUAACCUUCCUCCAGCCAAUGUAACUGCCAAAUUAUUCGGCUUGCGCGUGAACCGCGAAAUAGACAUCAGUGAUUUAGCAAAAAGAUACGCUGCAAUUUUCUUGGAAACAGGACCUUACGUAGUAACCAUUAUGGGUUACGAAGGUCUUAUACCAUUGGUGGAGCUAAGAUUUGGAAAUAGAGAUUUGGUAUACCAAAAACUUAUAGACGAUAAUAUAUUAAUUAAAUGUAAUUGAUUUUGGAUACAUUUCGGAUAGAUUUUAAACUAUUGUUUUGUUCAUUUUGUAUCAACUAGAUUAUGGGUAACUUUAAAAUUAAAAUUAAUUAAAAUCAUGUAUAAUAUGUGAACUUGUAUGUUUAUAAAAUGUACCCACGACACAGGAGAAAACCCAAUAUUGUUAUAUUGUUGUUAGAAUUAUAACCAACUUAUUCAUCAUUGUCUAACAAAGUACCCAUUAAACCUGUAUAUAUCGAGAGUGAUACAAUUGAUUUGUUAAACUCUACUACUCUCUAUGUACUACCACUAUGGCUUAAUAAGAUGUACAUGUGUAUAUGUGUUUAUAUUACCUACUCAUGUUACAUGCGCAGCGCUUAAUGUAAGUUCUUUUGCAGUUUGAUUCGUGUGCUACUCCUACACGACGUUAUUGUUCAUAAAAGUUAUUUGUGUCAUAUUUCAUACACUUUUAACUUAAAUUUUACUUAUUAAUUUUUGCUAAAUUUUAUUUUUAUUUAAUUGUUAUGCUUAAUGUAUUGUACUUUUGAUUUGAGUUAAAUAAAUUAUAGAAAGUA